UGCUGCUAUGAAGCAAUUUCUUUUACAUUUAGAUGAGACAUUUGCUUUGGGACGAAAAUUUAUUAUUCAAGAUUUGGAUGAAAGACAUUUGUUUAUUUCUGCCGAUAUUUUGGACACCUUACAAACAAAAGUAGAUGAUCUUAUGGAUCAAAUAUCAUUUCCUUUAGCAGAGAAAGGAAUAUAAAUAUCAAAAAAUGUUUUUCUUUACAAUAUAUCAUAAAAUAGUUUAAGAAAUUAUAUAUUUAUUGUAAAAUAAUCAAAAAUGGCUGCACGUGAAUCUGGUAGAAUAAAAGAUGCUUAUCAAAAAAGAGUGCUGGAUGAAGCUGCUCGUAAACGUAGACAAAAGAAAGCAUUGGAAGCUUUGGAACAAGAUAAUUUUCACGAUGAUCCGCAUGCUGAUUUAGUAAUGAGUAAAAAAGUUCCAAAAUUUCAAGAAACUUUAGACAAUAGAGGUGGAAGAAGAAAAAAAACUAGAUCAGCAGAAUAUUAUAAGCAACGAUUUCGUAAAACAUUUGCUCAAUUAGUAGAAGAAGAUCUUAACAUCAAUCCAAAUCCUCCUAAUUAUGCAUCUGCUCAAGCACCAGUAUCAAAAUUUCCUGAACGACAGUUUUGUGCAGUUUGUGGAUUCCCUAGUAAUUACACAUGUAUUCCUUGUGGUGCUAGAUAUUGUAGUAUGAAAUGUUUAGGUACUCAUCUUGAUACAAGAUGUUUAAAAUGGACAGCUUAAUAAGUGUAAAAUUACGUUACGAAGUUUAUAUGUAUUCCAGUAUUAAAUAAAAUUAAAUAAUUAAUAAUAAAUAAUAAUAAUAAUAAA